UCUCUCUCUCUCUGUGUGUAGUCAGUCUUCCUGUCUCCUCCUCCUCUUCCUCAGUAGCUGGUCACAUGAUGUACCCCGGUGGUCACACGGUGAUGUACACUGCCCAGACGCCGUCUCUUAGUGACGGCAGCCUCACCGUCCUCAACACCUUCCCCCCCACAGGUCAUGCCCAGUCACAUGACCCGGGCUCUGUCCCGCAGGUCUUCCUCGCCUCCCUCCCUCCGGUCGCUGCUCAGAUCCCGGUGUCGGCAGUUCAGCUCCAUCAGAUGGUGAUCAGUCAGCAGAGCAGCAGCAGUAACCUGACGGAGCUGCAGGUCGUCAGUCUGGACGUCCAUCAAUCAAAAGACGACUGAUGGACUGCAGACUUCCUGUUUACUUCUCUGUGUCAUCAUGUAAACAACAGCAGAUGGUGUGUGUGUAUAACAGUAUUAUGAAUGUAUGUUUUUAUCUUCAGUAUCUUUUGUUCACAUUUUAAUUUGAGAAAAAAAAACAAAGUGCCAAAAACGCUGAGAUGUUUGCUCGAAACUUUUUAAUUAAAAUCUCUGAAUCAUGUUUUUGUGUCAGGACGUUGAUCAGCUGACCUGUGGCGUCUCUGACGCAGCAACAUGUCAGCAUGUUGUUUUCUCUGAUCCUCGUGUGGACCAAUCACAGACGACUGUUUGUCUGAUAUUGAUUCAAUUAUAAAUAACAAUGACACUGAAAUUGAAAAAGAACAAUAAAUGUUUAUAUU